CGCGGGCUCCGCCCCCGCUGGGCACCUGAGGACUCAGGCGAGCGCUUUGCAGUGUCCGCACCAAGCUGCUCCGGAGCCAUCGCUGUGUGCACCGUCGCCCGCCUCGCGAAUAACAAAAGAUCCUGGAAAAGUUGAAGAAGAUAAAGUAUAUUCAGUAUCCAGAUCAGGAGAUUAACAGACCAGGAAAUGCACAAUUUUGAGGACGAGUUAACGUGUCCCAUUUGUUAUAGUAUCUUUGACGAUCCUCGUGUACUACCAUGCUCUCAUACAUUUUGUAGAAACUGUUUGGAAAAUGUUCUUCAGGCAUCUGGUAACUUUUACAUAUGGAGACCUCUGCGAAUCCCACUCAAGUGUCCUAACUGCAGAAGUAUUAUUGAAAUUGCUUCGACUGGCAUAGAAUCCUUACCUGUAAACUUUGCAUUAAGAGCAAUUAUUGAAAAGUACCAGCAAGAAGACCACCCAGAUGUUGUCACCUGCCCUGAACAUUACAGGCAACCAUUAAAUGUUUAUUGUCUACUAGAUAAAAAAUUAGUUUGUGGCCAUUGUCUUACUAUAGGUCAACAUCAUGGCCAUCCUAUAGAUGACCUUCAAAGUGCCUAUCUGAAAGAAAAGGAUACGCCUCAGAAGUUGUUUAAACAGUUAACCGACACACACUGGACAGAUAUCACUCGCCUUAUUGAAAAGCUUGAAGAACAGAAAUGUCAUUCUGAGAAAAUAGUUCAAGGUGAUAAGGAAGUUGUUCUCCAGUAUUUUAAGGAGCUUACUGAUACGUUAGAACAGAAAAAGAAAAAUUUUCUGGCAGCUCUCUGUGAUGUUGGCAAGAUGAUUAAUCAAGAAUACACUCCAGAGAUUGAAAGAAUGAAGGAAAUAAGAGAACAACAACUUGAGUUAAUGACAAUGACUACAUCUUUACAAGAUGAAUCUCCACUUAAAUUUCUUGAAAAAAUUGAUGAUGUUCGCCAACGUGUGCAGAUGUUGAAACAGAGACCACUUCCUGAGGUCCAGCCUGUUGAAAUUUAUCCUCGAGUAAGCAAUGUAUUAAAAGAAGAGUGGAGCAGAACAGAAAUUGGACGCAUUAAGAAAGCUGUCAUCCCUGAAAUGAGAAUCUCUUCAAAAAGGAUGCCAUGUUCCUGGCCUGAUAAGGAUGAAAAAGAAAUGGAAUGUUUUAAAAUUUUAAACAUUGCUAUAGUUUCACUAAUUUCAGUGAUACUAAUGCUGAUACUCCUUUUCAACCAUCACAUAAUAACCUUCUUAAAUGAAAUUACUUCCAUAUGUUUCUCUGAAGUCUUUCUCUCUGUUUACCAAAGUUUAUCUAAGAACUUAUAUGACUUAAAAAACACAGUAUGCUACACUUUAUAUUUGUUAAAGGAAUUUAUGUGGAAAAUAGUGUCUUGCUGAAAACCUAAUUUACCAGUUUCAUGUAGGUGUAUUCUGUAUAGCAGAGGCUAAGUAUUGGUUGGUAGAUCGAAAGGUCAGGGUGGCCUAAGGAGCAAAUAAACAUCUUUACAUCUGUUCCAACAGACACACAGAAAUACAACAGGCUUCCCAAGGUGGGGUAGAAGUGGUCGGAAAGGAGACAUCUGAAAUGCAACUCAAAUCAAAUUAGAAAACAAGUUUUGUUUUGAGUAUUACUACUAUACCUUGCUUUUAUUGGCUUACUAGUCAAUGCUUUAUUCUGUUUAGUGUUUUAACUGUUACAUGCUACAGUGGUUAACUUUGCAGUUCUUUGUAUAUGUAGAUGUAAGAUUAUAAAAAAUGACAAGCUCCUUGAGGUCCACAAGCCUAGUUUGAUAGGAUUUGAAGCUUUUCAAUGUAUAGAUGGAGAUGACAUAUACGUUGUUUAAAAAAUCUAGGCCAGGAUUGUCUAAACACCUUUUUUGGUCAAUUAAUAGAUUUCAGAGCAUUCAUCCCAAGUAGUGCUGCUUGCUGCUUUUGGAUAAAUCAUCUGUGUUUAGCACGGAGUUCAAUUCAGCCUUGAGAUCAGUGAGGUCUCAAAAACCAACCAACCAACAAGUUACAGAGCUAGAGCCCCUGCCUGGGCUGCUGAGCCCCCUGCCUGGGCUGCUGGCUCCAGCGCUGCACAGCAGACCAAGUAUGCAUUUGAUUUUGUAGUGUUUUAACCUUCUUUUUAGAUGACAAUUAUAUGAAACGUAUAUUAAGACAAUCAUGUUGAUGUGAUUCAUUUAAUAGGUUUGCUAUCAUGUAUGCUAUAUUCAUCUUAAAAUGGGCUCACCCUGUAGCUCACGUACUAGGGUUUCAAGUAUGAGCUGCCACUAUAUCUGUUUAGUCUUGAAAAGAGGUCAUUAAGUUGGAACCUUUAAUUUUUGAUAGGGACAACCAUGAUGCAUGUGGUAGAACUUUGGUUCACUGCCAUUGAAAUUGAAAAACAUUCCAGAAACCCCAAAUGAGGUGCUCUUGAAUUAUCACCUCUGGACCUUAUUUCAAAUAUCACUAAGUCCACUUAUCAGAAUCAGAUUUUAUCUAACAGUUACUAUAUACUGAGGCCAUUUUGAAGUUGAGAAAGAAUGGUCAGUUUUUAACAGAUACCUGUCAUUGUGUUACUUUUUUAAAUGUAAAUAUUAGCAGGUGAAGAAUAUUAGCUAAGACAUUUUUCAAGGGGUUACUAACUUUGUAUAGAUGAGGAAAUAAAGUAACGAAGUGCAGUGUUGGUGUUAGCAGGUGGGAGAGAAACUGAAACUUCUAUUUUAGUGUAAGACAGCAUAUACCCAGUAUUACCUUUAGGCUUUGUAUUGAUAUACUUGUUUUAUAUUUUUACCAGGAGGUUGAGUUUGUACAACUUAAAAUGCAUACAUUUGGAAAUUCUGGGUUUUAUAUGUAACAGUAUAUUUUAAUAAACUUGAUAUUUUAUUGAAAGUGGUGGCAUAA